GCCACUUCCAUGUACUAUUACUUGAUCACCACGGUACCACCCUCAUAAUGAACAUACAUCUACUCAUUUUCAAAAAAUACGUCAUCUACAACACAACACUUGCCCUGUUCCUGCCACCAAUAUUCACGUGCAUCGUACUCUCCAAGUAUCUUAAAAUUUACACUUCGGUCAUCCUCAAAGACAUAGGACAGGCCAUCGAAGACUCGCAUACCGUAUCACGUCUAAUAAUCAAACUUGGGGUGUGCUACGUGCUAUACGCAUUCUUCAACGAGAUCUACGAUUUCAUAGCAGCCAAUCCGAUACAAAAAGCUGCUCGGCACGCAAGCAACGACUUUCUAAGAAAUUGUUUGAAUGCACGCGAGCGUUUGCACGAGUACUCGAGCGGUGAGGUGGGCAGAACACUGAUACGCAGCGCUGAUGCGGUGAGCGAUCUCAUAGAUAUCACUCUGCUGGAAAUACUGCCAUUGCUGGUUACGUUUGUUCUGGCAUUUACAGAGAUGUACCGCAGGUUCGGAUAUGUAGCGCUCGUGUACAACGUGGUGAUGCUCAUCACGUAUAUCAUCAUUACGUGUGCUAUUACCCGCUAUAGGAUGAUGUACAGGAGAAAGAGUAACAUGUAUGAGAACAAGGCACAUGCUAAGUGUCUUGAGUGUGUGCGCAACGUUGAUACAAUAACGGUGUAUGGCACGGCACAGCUUGAGCUUGGGCACUACGAUGACGUAAACAGGAGAGUGCAGUUCUACGGUGCCAGGCAGUACCAAUCACUGGCACUGCUGAAUUUCACACAGAAGGUCAUUCUGUACAUGUUUAUGGUUACGUAUCUCUACACGAUCCGUAAAGGGUUGGGCAACGAUCAGCUGCUGCAGUAUUUUUCUAUAUGUGGGACCAUUGUGGAGGAGCUGAGCAACUUAGGAUGCAUCUAUCACCGGUUUUCGAAGGCAAUCGUUGAUCUUAAUUCGCCAUUUCUACGUGACAUGGCAGAUAAAAAUGAAAUGGGAGCUAAUGAUAGGAGUGAACGCGAGUACAGCAGAGAUGUGGAAGGAGAACCGCGAACCGAAGAGCGCAUUCGUGCGGAUGACGUGGUAGAAACAGAACGAGACAGGACUAGUGAUCACGAUCUUGCCGUUGAGCGAGACAGGACUGGUGAUCACGAUCUUGCCGUUGAGCGAGACAGGACUGGUGAUCACGAUCUUGCCGUUGAGCGAGACAGGACUGGUGAUCACGAUCUUGCCGUUGAGCGAGACAGAACCGUUGAUCACGAUCUUGCCGUUGAGCGAGACAGAACCGUUGAUCACAGCAGCGAGGAUGAAAAUACUGCAAACGAAGACAUAACCAACAAUUUAAUACACAUUAACCACCCAACACCUCCCAACAACGUUGCAACCACCCAACCAAUCCUCCAAUUCCGCAACGUGUCCAUAUCCCACAAAAACACGCCGCUUCUCACCAAUCUUACGUUCACAAUCGCACAACGCACAAAAGCAGCCAUAAUAGGCCCGAACGGCGCAGGUAAAAGUUCCAUAAUAAAAGCAAUCCUAGAAUUAACACCGUAUACCGGCCACAUAGACAGGAAAGAGCAUAUCAGGUUAACGUAUGCGGGCCAAGAGCCCCAACUCUUUGCAAACACAGUGCUGUACAAUAUAACAUACGGCAGCACUGCCAAACUGCGGUGUGCGGCGAGCAUGGCGAUGAGAAUGGGUGUGCACAAGGAUAUACUGCGGAUGAGAGGAUAUGGAUGUGUGCUUGGCGAGAAUGCGCGCAACUUGUCCGGUGGUGAGCGGCAAAAAAUUGUGUUGCUGAGGAAUGUUGUGUAUGGCAUGUGUAGCUGUGGGGAUGAUGUGGAAUGUGCGAGCUGUGAGGGGUGCAUGGGCGAAAACAAGUUGGGGUGGUGCGAUGAGGAGGAGAAAAGUGUUAAAAUUAGGUUUGAGGAUGAGAGCAGCACCAUGUUUAAGAAUGCUGAGGACGAAAGCGAAGCAACGAACACAAAUGCUCCGUAUGAAAUGCAUGCCAAGGAUGACGCGUAUCAAAACAUCAGCGAGAACAAGCAGGGCAACCAGGACGCGGGCUACAACACGCGUAGCGAUGAGACAUUUGGUGCAAAUCAGGGUAUGAAAUACGAAACGUGUGGCGUAUCCGUGCCACAUGACAGCGCACCACCCGGAACAUCAACCCUGAUGGUACUUGAUGAAGCAACGUCCGCAAUGGACAGGUCCUCAGAAUACAACGUGAUAAAACGGCUGUUCAAGGUAGGCAGCAAAUGCACAAUUUUGAUGGUCAUCCAUAACCUGUCAAUCUUACACCUUUUUGACACGGUAAUCUACGUUGAAAAUGAACUUGAGAUCGGUAGUUUUGACCAGUUGAUAGAAAAGAAAGGAAAGUUCUGCUCGUUCUACGAGCGUAUGAAAAAGCAAAAAGAGCAGUGAACGGUAUUGCGUGUUUAUACGAUGUAAUACGGGGUGUACCGUUAUUACACGACGUGCCGUAGCAUGAUGUAUGGUGCACUGCGAAACGUGUACCGGUAUUAAAAACUUUGUGCUGACCA